UGUGCUUAUUCAUCCCUGUCUUUAUCUCUCUUUCUCUCGGCAGCGCACCUGUACAAGUGUUACGCCAUGCGGGACAGCUGUGGGAUGUGUUUGAAAGCAGAUCCUCGGUUCGACUGUGGCUGGUGUGUACAGGAGAAGAAGUGUUCGCUGAGACAGGAGUGUGCUCCUCCGGAGAGCAUCUGGAUGCACCCCAGUGCAGGAAACAGUCGCUGUGCACAUCCCAAAAUCAACAAGCUGUUUCCUGAGACUGGACCACGGGAAGGCGGAACCAGACUCACCAUCACUGGAGAGAACCUGGGUCUGCAGUUUAGGGACAUUAUGACAGGGGUUCGGCUGGGAAAAGUACCCUGUGUUCCUAUUGAAGAGGAAUACGUUAGUGCAGAAAGGAUUGUGUGUCUUCUGAAUGAUGCCACAGGAUACCGUGUGCAGGAAGCCCAGGUGGAGGUGUGUGUAAGAGACUGCCUGGCUGACUACAGAGCCCUCUCACCCAGGGCUUUCACCUUUGUGACGCCAUACUUCGGCCGUGUCCAGCCCGCUCAGGGACCUCUUUCAGGAGGAACCAGAAUCACUAUUGAAGGAAACCAUCUCAACGCUGGCAGCUCUGUGGUGGUCAACAUUGGGCGUCACUCUUGUCACUUUAAAAAGCGGAGCUCUAAAGAGAUCGUGUGCGUGACCCCGGCCGGCGUGAUUGCGGGAAGCACUCCAGUUAUGGUGGACAUAGACUCUGCUGAGCUGAGGAACCCCGAUGUGAAGUUUAACUACACCGAGGACCCCACCAUCAUGAAGAUAGACCCGGACUGGAGCAUUGCUAGUGGUGGGACUCUGCUGACGAUCAGCGGCACCAACCUGGCCACCAUUAAAGAACCCAAGAUCCGCGCCAAGUACGGCUCAGCAGAGUCCUUCCAUAACUGCACAGUUUUCAACAACUCCGUUAUGGUCUGCCUGGCCCCAUCGGUGGCUGAUUCAGAUAGAGGCUUUGCUGAGACUGGCAGUGGACCGGAUGAGAUCGGCUUCUACAUGGAUAACGUCCAGGCCCUCGUGGUCGUCAACGAGAGCUUUAGCUACUACCCCGACCCCGUCUUUGAACCCCUCAGUCCCACAGGCAUUCUGGAGCUCAAACCAACAUCUCCCCUAAUCCUGAAGGGUCGUAAUUUGAUUCCUGCCGCUCCUGGUAACUCCAGACUGAACUACACAGUGUUUAUCGGAGAGGCUCUGUGUGUUCUGACGCUCUCUGAAACCCAGUUGCUAUGCGAGUGGCCCAACCUCACUGGCCAGCACAAAGUGACGAUCCGGGCAGGAGGAUUCGAAUAUUCCCCCGGCACACUGCAGAUCUACUCCGAUAGCCUUCUCACCCUGCCUGCCAUCAUCGGGAUCGGAGGAGGUGGAGGCCUCCUGCUGCUGGUCAUCAUCGCUGUGCUCAUCGCCUACAAGCGCAAGUCCCGGGAUGCAGACCGCACCCUCAAACGACUCCAGCUGCAAAUGGACAACCUGGAGUCCAGAGUCGCUCUGGAGUGCAAAGAAGCUUUUGCCGAACUCCAAACUGACAUCCAUGAACUGACCCAAGAGCUGGAUGGAGCUGGCAUCCCAUUCCUGGACUACCGAACCUAUGCCAUGAGGGUGCUUUUCCCUGGCAUUGAGGACCACCCGGUGCUCAAGGAGAUGGAGGUGCAGGCUAAUGUCGAGAAGGCCUUGACUCUGUUUGGUCAACUCCUCACCAAGAAGCACUUCCUGCUGACAUUCAUCCGCUCGCUGGAAGCUCAGCGCUCCUUCUCCAUGCGUGACCGUGGCAAUGUGGCAUCACUCAUCAUGACAGCUCUACAGGGAGAGAUGGAGUACGCUACAGGAGUCCUCAAACAGCUGCUCUCUGACCUCAUCGACAAGAACCUGGAGAGCAAGAAUCACCCUAAACUGCUGCUCAGGAGGACGGAGUCUGUUGCUGAGAAGAUGCUUACAAACUGGUUCACUUUUCUUCUGUACAAGUUCUUAAAAGAGUGUGCUGGUGAACCUCUCUUCAUGCUGUACUGUGCUAUGAAACAGCAAAUGGAAAAAGGCCCUAUAGACGCCAUCACCGGAGAGGCAAGAUACUCCCUCAGUGAGGACAAACUCAUCCGGCAACAGAUUGACUACAAGACUCUGACACUUCAUUGUGUGAACCCCGAGAACGAGAAUGGCCCGGAGGUGACGGUGAAAUGCCUGAACUGUGACACAAUUACCCAGGUGAAAGAGAAGCUUCUGGAUGCUGUGUAUAAAGGAAGCCCAUACUCACAGAGACCAAAAGCAGGAGACAUGGACCUGGAGUGGCGGCAGGGGCGACUGGCGAGGAUCAUUUUGCAGGAUGAGGAUGUCACUACUAAGAUUGAUAAUGACUGGAAACGCCUGAAUACACUUGCACACUAUCAGGUAACAGAUGGGUCUGUUAUCGCCCUGGUGCCAAAGCAAAACUCUGCAUACAACAUCUCAAACUCAUCCACCUUCACCAAGUCCCUCAGCAGAUACGAGAGUAUGCUGAGGACGGCCAGCAGCCCAGACAGUCUACGGUCCAGGACGCCCAUGAUCACGCCCGAUCUAGAGAGCGGGACCAAACUCUGGCACCUCGUCAAAAACCACGACCACGCAGAUCAACGUGAGGGCGAUCGCGGGAGCAAGAUGGUGUCAGAGAUCUACCUGACGCGACUGCUGGCCACCAAGGGUACUUUACAGAAAUUCGUUGAUGAUUUGUUUGAGACGAUAUUCAGCACAGCUCACCGUGGCAGUGCCCUCCCUCUCGCCAUCAAAUAUAUGUUUGACUUCCUGGACGAGCAGGCGGACAAACACCAAAUCACAGAUUCAGAUGUUCGGCAUACCUGGAAGAGCAACUGUUUGCCAUUGAGGUUCUGGGUCAAUGUGAUUAAGAACCCUCAGUUUGUGUUCGACAUCCACAAGAACAGCAUCACAGAUGCGUGUCUCUCCGUUGUGGCCCAAACAUUCAUGGACUCCUGCUCUACAUCUGAACACAAGCUUGGCAAAGAUUCCCCCUCAAAUAAGCUGCUCUACGCUAAAGAUAUUCCCAACUACAAGAACUGGGUAGAAAGGUAUUACUCAGACAUUGCGCGCAUGCCCGCCAUCAGUGAUCAGGACAUGAGCGCUUAUCUCGCGGAGCAGUCCAGACUCCACUUGAGCCAGUUUAACAGCAUGAGUGCCCUCCACGAGAUCUACUCCUACAUAACCAAGUACAAAGACGAGAUCCUGUCCGCACUACAGAAGGACGAGUUAGCUCGGCGACAGAGACUGCGCAGUAAACUGGAACAGGUUAUCGAUACCAUGGCUCUGGCAAGCUGAGGACCCCCUCCCCAUCUCUCCACCCACCUCCUGACCCAUGCCCCCAUGCCUCCCCCACAGUCAUACACAUGCACGCACACAUACACACACACAAACACUAAGCUAAUGGACUGCAAGGACAGAAGCAGUACACUGGAGACCCCUCAGCCCAGGGUGGAAAUCUUUUCAUCACUUCCUUUGAACUCAACAUGCAGCAGAAUGUCUCCUCGGAUGCCACGUCCAACCAAAAGGACUUCGUUUUUUGGAUUUUUAUCAUUUUGGAGUGUGUGUUGAGCCGCGUUUGUCUGCUUUUACACACCAAGGAUGUCUUGUAUUAUGAGCCAGAAGACCUUAAAGCCCAUGAAGGAUAAAAGCGGUGCCCCCCCCCCCCCACACAGACACACAAAUGGAAUUUUUUUUAAGCGCUUAAUUUAUCAUCUUUUUUUUAUUUUCUUUGGGUUGAUUGAGCAACUCACUCACUCCUGUCUCCUGCCACUUGUGUUACUGCUGAAUUUGCACAAUUUACAGGAACUACAACAAAUGAAAAUGAUAUAAAUAUAUAUAUAAAUGUGUAUAGAUAUAUAUAUACAACUGCAUUUUUAUACAAAAAGUGAAAAGAUGCGUACAAAGUUUUCCAUUUUAACAUAGAAAAGAACAAGAUGAAUUUGAUAUGUGAAACAGACUGAAUUAUGAAAAAAAAUAUAAAAAAAAUGUCCUGUGCCAUGUUUUAUUUGAAUGUUGUUUUGUGCAAAAAAAAGAUUUUCUUUAGAUAAAAUGUGCUAUGAUUUAAAUGUUGACAACCCUAGUGACUGAAGAACUGAGAGUGGGAAAAAAAUGUGCAAAAAAGAACAAACUCAGACAAAUGUGUUCCCCUGUGGUACCUAGUGUUUUGGAGGGAAAUUGUCCUCACAAAAAACAAGAAUCAUUAUUUAGUUGGUGGAUGAAUCUGUGUACUUAGUUUGUACUUUUUUUUUCAACCUUUAUUGCAAUUUGGUUUCAGUCUGAAAGCCACUUGAGGACAAUAUUCUUUGCUAUUCCACGCAAAAACUCGUUUUCAUCUCGUGUUCAUUUCUCAUAUUCAGAUGUGAGCACUCUCAGUCAUUUUUGCACAAAUCAGUCUAGAAUGAAGGAAAACUUGAGAUUGAAGAACCACCGAAUGUGUUCCGUUACUGAUGAUGUCACAAUCUGGCAUUCGGUAAAUGUAGCAAAUGUUAAUUCCAUGCAGUUCCACUUUUCUUUUAGCUGCCUACAUUUUUUUAAAAGCUUAAACAAGCUUAAAAGUGUGGCACACAGAAAGUGUUUUUAAGCUAAAUAAUUGUACGUGAAUGCUACCCAUUCAUGAAAUCUUGUAGUUAAGCUAAGAUGAUUUGAAUUAAUCUCAGAAAGGCAUUAACUGAUAGAUUCACGUUCUUAAAACACCCAUCAUAUCAGCAGUAGAUGCUUUUUUUGGAAGUAGAAUCUUUUUAUGGAGUAUUUUUUAUUUAUUUUUUGUUUAAUUUUCAUAAGCUACUUGACUUCCUUAUGCCAUUUUUAUUCGAAGUUUUUGCUCUUGUUCUUUAUCGUUCUUCUUGAUAUUCAAGUCCACUAACUCAUUUCCAUCAAGAUUGGUGAUUUGCAGUAUUACAAAUACAAAAGUGCAGUGAUUUUUUAACCGUUUCAGGACUAUCAAGCGGAUGAAGUCGAGCUCUGUUUUACUUUUCUUUGCCAUAUUGGUUGUUUUGGAUUUUUUCUUUAUCUUUUGUUGGUAACUGCGAGGAUAUUUAUUGUAGUGACUCGCUUUCAUGUGCUGCAGCAGUUCUCUUAAAGUCAGUCAUGUUCAAACAAGAGAAAGCUUCUCCUCCUUUGGCUUUCCGCUGAGAUUAAAGGAGAAGUAGACUUUCUGAGAUGCGAUAGAAACAUCUUUGAAAGAUUUAGGUCAGAAACCCAGUGAGAGAAAGAGCGAGGCGCACCAACCGAAUAUUUGACGGGUUUUCGCUCGUGUUACCUCAGCCAUACAUCAGGGUUGAUUCCAGCUGGGAAAGUAAUAAUGAAUCACUCUUUACACAUUUAUUUAUUUUGGGAUUGCGGUUUACAUUAUUGAUUUUAUGCCAUUGCGAUUUCUGCUAAUCAACCGGGAGCAGGUCUUCCACGGUAAAGACAAUCUCCCUUUAGACUCAAGAUGUUCACCUGUAAGGAACUGCCUUCGUUUUCAGUCUUCCCACAGAAACGAAUUAGAUCGAUGUUGGAUUUGCUUGCUUGUGUUUAACUCUCAUAAACUCGUUCCUGUUAUUCUUAGAGCAAACUCAAGCUACGUUGAAGGAGUCAUCAAUGAAGUACUGUAGAUGGACUUUUUUGAAGUAAACACACAGGACACACUACUGUUGGGACGUGUAUGUCUUAAUUUUAACAGUAGAAGGAUAGGGCUGGACGUUUAGCAUUGCAGGUGACUUAGACCCGUCCGUCUGGCCUUCCUUAUGUUAGUAUGUUAUUUUCAGUAGAUGAGUUUCUGCAUGCUUCGAAAUUACAAAUUGAUUUGAGAAUAUAAGCAUUGCUGUUUUUUUUUUUUCAUUCCAAAGGCUGAUAAUGGUCAUUCUACAUAUCAUAAUGUACGAUCAAACUUUUUUUUUUUUUUAUCUCGAUGUGCUUUGCUUUGUGCUAUGUUAGCGGGACUUUGGUGAUGGUGAUUGUAAAGCAGCUGGUUGCAUUGUAAUGUCUCAGGACAUGUUUCACUUCGAUGUUGUCUUUGCCUUUGUUUUCAUUCAAUUUUUAUUUUUUAUUUUUUUAAUGAGUGCUAGCUUUUGUUUUCAAUGUUUUUUAGAUGUUGAGUUGUGGAACAUGUGGAACUCUUCAGAGAUAUUCAAACAUUUUCAAAGAUUUCGCUGUGUAAAGUAUUUGAGUGAUGUUUCUCAUUUUAUGACACUUGUUUGGAGAACUACUUUGAGUACAGGAACAAAACAAACAAAAAAAAGUUACUAGCCGAACAAAAGGUGUUUCAGACACACAGAGCUUUCAUUUCGCACAGAGUGCCUUGUCAACUCCUCUCUCAUUCUUCUCCGCUUCCUCCGACCCUUCCAUUACCCACAAUCCAUCUCUUUCCAUACACCUCUUUAUCGCUGUCUGGCCAUGCCCUCUUUCUUCCUCUCCUCCUCAGUCCAAAAGACCAAUCCGGGUUUUGAUUUCCACUAAUGGUGUUUCCAGAUUGAAGAAAAAAAUCCUUUUUUGGAAGGAUUGAUUCAUUUAAGCGAAGGAACAAAAUGUGCGCAUGUAGAUUUCAAAAAACAAAAACUGAAGAAUUUUAAUACUUUAUUAAUUCUGAUACCUUUUAAAGAGUUUCAGACUUGAAUCAACUGUGACAGGUUGGCUGUUAAAUGCUCAUUGUGUAAAUAUUGUGCUCUUUCCUAUUUUGCAAAUUUAUUAUGUGUAAAUAAACACAUGCAUCAAGGAGAGAUUAAACAUUUUUUGCUAAAA